AUGAGCCUCGAGGCCACCAUCGCGCAAAAGACGGCUGGCACAGACGCGAGCGAGGUGCUGGAGCUGGUGCUGGAUGGUGUCAAAGCGAGCAAGGUGACGGGCCUGAACCAAUUCACCAAGCUCAAGGUGCUGCAGCUGAAUGGGUGUGGGCUCACCUCGCUCGAGGAGUUCCCCACCCUUCCCAACCUGCAGCGGCUCGAGCUGGCAGACAACGCGCUCUCGGACGGGCUCGACCACCUGCAGGACGCGGCGCUCAUGCAUCUCAAGGUGCUCGUCCUGGCGGGAAACAAGUUUUCGUCGCUCCAGGGCCUCGAAUCUCUGGCGCGUGCCCCACCCGCGCCCUUCUGCGGCCCUGCCUCUUGCGGCGUCUGCGCGCGGCGCCGAGUCGCUCCUGCGCGGGCGUGCCGUGGCCACGGCUGC